AUGGUUUUAGGAAAGAACUAUGUGUGGCUUGAUCCCUUUGUAAGGGUUGAAAUUUUUGGGAAAUGUUCAAUGUAUAAGGGAAACUCUGCCGAAAUUUCGGCAGAAAGUCUCGUGCCCCUACUUCUUUUGGAAAAGGUGGUUACAGUUUUAGUGAGUGGGCCCGACAUCGGGAUGAUGUCGGGAAUUCCACAGGAUUCGUCCCAGGUUUCGAGAAAUUCGGGGCGGGUCCUGUCACAAAGAAGUUUUGAGUUGCUGGAAAAAUCUUUUGAGGACAUUCGUGGGAAGCUUACAAGAUUGGUGUCAUCAAGAGCUCAUGUCGAGGAACCCAAUGGAGAUGUCGGAACAAGUUAUCCCCAACUCAGAAUCAAAGAUCCACAUCGAGUGAAAGUAAAAGGGCGUGCGAAAAGAGUUAAAGAAGAAAAAGAGAACGCAGUGCAACGACAUAAACGUUGGUGCACUGAAUGUAGGAAGACGAUAGACGGAGUUGUCCAAAACUUGCGAGCCUCUCUUCAUCUUCCAACACAAAAUUUGGUGGUCCAGUUGGUGAGAAUUUGCAGCCCACUCAGAGCACGCAAGACAGUGGAUGUCCCGAAUGUCCUCUGGGGAUUUGGGAUUUUCAGAACCUGA